AUGAAUCGUGUCAACAACAAAGCUCAAAACCUCAGAUGUUUGUAUAAAGAUUUUGCUCAGCACUUUGUUUGGACACCUGCUAAAAGAAAAUGGACCGAAAGAAGUAAGCAGAAAGUUAUUGGCAGGUUAGUCACUGUUAAACCAAGUGAAGGUGAUAGGUAUUAUUUAAGGCUUCUUCUCUCCCAUGUUCGAGCUCCUACCUCAUUUGAUGACUUGUUGACUGUUAAUGGAUGUAAACUAGCUUCAUUUAGAGCUGCUGCUUUAGAACUUGGCCUCUUAGACUCUGAUUCUUACAUUGAGGCUACACUUGAAGAAGCGGCUGGUUUUCAAAUGCCUUCUUCACUGAGAUUUUUAUUUGCUACUUUGCUCUUGCAUUGUGCUCCAGCAAAUCCAAGUCUUCUGUGGGAAAAAUUUGAAGUGGAACUUUCUAGGGACUUUGAACGAGCGCAAGUACAGGCUCAUUGUUCAGCUGCUGAGAUAAGACGGAAGGUUUUGUUUGAUAUUAACAGAUCGCUCCAACAUAUGGGGAGGCAUAUCAGUGAGUACAGGUUAGUAGCAGACGAUGUUACUUUUAGCUGUCAUGAGAGCAUGACUAAGGAAGUUGACAGUGAAAAGAGUAUUGUGGUGUCGCCGGAAGAUCUCUUGAUAUCUUCAAAGUUAAAUGCAGAACAAAAACAUGCUUAUGAUUUGAUAUUGCAGACUGUUUUUUCAUCCAAAGGGCAGAGCUUUUUCAUUGAUGGCCCGGGGGGGACGGGAAAAACCUUUUUAUAUCGCUCUCUUCUUGCAACACUUAGAUCACAGGGAUACAUUGCAAUAGCUGUAGCAACUUCAGGAGUUGCAGCAUCGAUUCUUCCUGGAGGAAGAACUGCUCACUCCAGAUUUAAGAUUCCAUUGGACUUUUCCAAGAAUAAAACCUGUCAGUUGAGCAAGCAAAGCAGCAUGGCUCAUUUAAUCAUUCAAUGCAAGUUGUUCUUGUGGGAUGAAGCGUCAAUGGCAAAAAAGGAGACUAUUGAAGCAUUUGAUGAAUUACUCAAAGAUCUAAUGGAGACUGCUGAUCCUUUUGGAGGCAAGGUUGUAGUUUUUGGGGGCGAUUUUCGCCAACCUCUUCCUGUCAUUCAAGGAGCUACUAAGGACCAGUUAAUUCAGGCUAGCCUCCUGCAUUCUUCAUUAUGGUCUAAGAUGCACAAAAUAAAGCUAACACAGAACAUGAGGGCUGUCUUAGAUCCUGCAUUUUCACAAUUCUUGCUCGCAGUUGGGGAAGGUUCAGAACCUGUUGAUACAGAUAACCAGAUUUGCUUGCCAAGUCAUAUGGUUAUACCAUUCCACAACAUGAAAGAGUCUUUUGACAGGUUGGUAGCUUACACAUUUCCAGAUUUGAAACUCUAUUCAUCUGAUCCUUAUGAAAUGAUCAGUAGAUGUAUUUUAACCCCAAAAAACACCUCUGUGGAAGACAUCAAUGAUGUGAUGAUUCAGAGGUUUCCUGGACAACUCUUUACUUAUACAAGCUCUGACCAAACUGUUGAUCAGAGAUUUCAGGCAGAUUACGAGGAUUUUUUAAAUUCUCAAAAUCCAAAGGGACUUCCUCCACACAAACUCAUGCUGAAAGAAAACUGUCCCUUAAUCUUGCUCAGGAACCUAAAUCCAGCUGAAGGAUUGUGCAAUGGCACGAGACUUAUCUGUCGACAGCUAAAACGGCACACUAUCUGUGCUGAGAUUGCUUUUGGUCAGUAUAAAGGGGAAACAGAUUUUCAUUCCCAGAAUUCCAUUGUAGACACCUGA